UUGGAUUUAAUCGCCUUGUUUUUGUUGUCAUUUUUGUACUUUAAUUAAAAUGUAUUCUAAUCAUACAAGAAUCUAAUUAGAUUUGUAUUCAUACGUUUUAUAAAACAAUAGGUCAAGGACGAGAAAAUAAUGUAAAUUGUCUGAUGUAGAUUCAUUACACCAUCAGUAUGCCAACAUUUCUAACACCAGGCCGGCAUGGCUACAGUGUUCGGUUUUCCAGAACACGACCAGAUUCAUUGGCAGUAGCCACCAGUCAGUAUUAUGGUCUCGCUGGGGGUGGGACAUUAUUCUUCUUAGAAUUAUCACCGGAAGGAACAACAAUAGUCGAACUACAGAAAUUAGAAUGGAGUGAUGGACUAUUUGAUGUGACAUGGUCGGGUACAGCAGAUGGUGUUGCCGCUUGUGGGGCAGGUGAUGGUGCUGUGAUAGUGUGGAGAGGAGGAUGUGCAGCCCCUUUGAGGGUCUUAAGGGCACAUCAUAGCGAGGUGUGCUCUGUGGAUUGGCCCCGAGCACAUUUACUAAGUGCUAGUUGGGAUACAACAGUUAAAUUGUGGGAUCCCGAAUCUGAAGUGUGUCUCAGUACAUUUUCGGGUCAUUCUCAGCUGGUUUACACGGCGACGUUUUCUCCACACUCUCCAGCCACCUUCGCUUCAGUCUCUGGUGACGGUCAUCUCAAACUGUGGACGUGUACGGAACCAAGUAGACCGGCUGCUGUGAUAAAAGCACAUGAUGCUGAGGUGCUGUCUUGUGAUUGGAGUCGACUAGAGACGCAUGCGCUAGCUACCGCGGGAUCCGACGGACUUGUCAGAGGUUGGGAUCUUAGACGACUCACAUCACCUAUGUUUACUCUUAAAGGAUGCGAAUGUGCAGUACGACGAGUGCAGUUCUCACCGCACGCUCCUUCGGUCUUAGCUGCAGUGUCAUACGACUUCACGACUAGAAUAUGGGAUUUAAAGCGAGGCUGUGAUCCUCUAGAAACUAUCAGACAUCAUUCCGAGUUCACAUACGGUCUAGACUGGAACGCGUUAAGGCCCCAUCAAAUAGCAGACUGUGGUUGGGAUUCGCUAGUACACGUCUUCACUCCAAGAUCUCUGGUUUGAAAGUUUGGUACGUGGAAUUGGAACUGAAAAGUUAUCUAUAAAUGACCAGGUCUAUAUAGUGCCAACAGAUAUGACAGUUGCCAGCAAACAUCCUAUUGUGACUAUAGUAUGUGACUCAAGGGUAUAUAAUUACGUAUAUGAAGUAUUAUGUUGUGUUUGUUAAAAUAAGAUUCGUUUGUUAAAAUUUUUAUUUAAAAAAGUUUAAUUUAGCACAGAUACAAAAUAAUUCUUUAUUUGAAAUUUAAUUUUAAAGGUAAAUAAUCAUUUCGUUAUUCCUUAUUAAAUGGUUAAGUUUUCUCACUCUCAAAUGAUACAAAAUGUUGGCUAUUUACGAAUGCCAUAAUUAUUAAAUUCGAGUUGAGCUUUGAUUCAAAUUAGUCCAAGUCAAAGACAAAAUCUUUAUUCAGUAUAGAUGUAUGAUACACAUUGAUUGUUAAAAAACGACCAAAGGUUCGAAUGAACCUGAGUGUGAUUUUUACAAUGACAGCAUUAAUUUGAAGUAUAUGAUUCGUUUACUUAUUUAUAAGAUUAACUUAAACUUAGAACGGAUUAAGAAUCAUUACGAAUGUUUAUUUGGGUGAAAAAAUCCAAAUUUAAAAAUCUAAAUGUUUUAUUAUGUUGACUGUACCAGAUUUAUGUACCAUCUUGUACAUAAAUGUUUCAACCUACAGUAACAGUAAUAAAAGUUCUGAAUAUUUAAAACGGAUAACAUUGUUCAUAGUGACUUAUGUAUAAUGAUAUUUACAUAAUGCUAUGUAUAUUGUUUUAAAGAUAUGUAUUUUUUUUAUUCACUUUAAAUCUUAAUAGAUUAAAAGUUUUUCUGUGGUUGGAACAUUUCAGCUCAACAUGGUUUAACUAAUACGUGCUACUAUUAUUCCGUCAUAAUAAUUAUAUUCAGAGAAAAAAUUGUUAAAUUAAUUUAUAUUAAAAAUAGAUAAAGCGGCCAUUCAGAUCGGUCAACUGAAGAUACUGUCAAACAUUGGUAUAGCCUCUAGUAGAAACCAUAGAUAAGAAAAUGACAGAUCUGUCAAAGUUAUUAGUUACAGCAGAUUUUUAUAUGUUUAAGUUAAAAUUAUCAUUAGAAACAACUUGAAAAAGUGCUCAUAGUAUCAAUAGUUAAAUUCGCAGCAAUGAAGGGGAAAUUAGCUUCCUAUCAAGGAUUUUUGGCUUCGUUUAUAUUUUGUGUCAUUUGAAAGUGCGGCACCUAGCAUUUUUUAAGCUAGAAUGACAACAUACAGGUAGUUGGAGGGGGGGGGGCUGGUUUGUCCUGUCAGAUGUCUAGUCUUACUUUAUAACUGGAUUAAGUAGAAAAAAGUAAAGUAUGUUAAUGUCCCAUUGCUGGGCUAAGGCGUCCUCUCUCUUUGUGGGUAAGGCUUGGAGAUUCACCUCGUUGAUCCAAUGCGGGUUCACAGAUGAGUAUAACAAUUCCCUUAUUGGAGAUUGAUUGGUUCAAUGAAUACGGGAAUUAUAUAUUUUACACGCUGACUGGAUUUUGUAAAUUUCUUAUAACAGGGAAUAUGUAAGCUUAGAUGGCUAGACUGAUGGAUUUAUAUGCGGCUUGUAAUGAAUAGCUUGGGACUGAAUGCAUUUCAAUAAUAGUGUAUCUCAUUUCAUUAAAAAAAAAACGCAUGCAUGUCAGAACACGAUACAGAAGUAAAACCUUUAUGUGUUAGAAACGUUGCAAUCAAAUUAGAAAAUAAAAUCUUAUUUGCAGUUGUUUUUAAUAUUUAUAGUAUUGAUCUUUAAAGCAUUUACAAUUAAAAUAUAAAUUAAUUCGGCUUUUGAAAUCCUAUAUUCGUAAUAAGAAUGAAUUAAUCUUAAUAUUUUUAAAUUUUAUAAUCGAAUUUGAAUGACAGGCAUUUUUUUAAAUCUAGUCUUAUGGUAGAAGGAAAUUUGUAUUGUAUAUGGUGUUGUCAUAUAAAAAAAAUAACUAAACUGUUAGUAAUAAGUUUGUAAUAUAAACACAUUUCUGCAUUAAUAUUAUUAUAGCAAAAUACUGCGCACAAUAGAUCAGUUUCUUUAUUAAAAUAUUAUAAGCAAGACUUUUAUAUACAGGUGAGUAUAGCGUGGCAUAAUGACGUAUCUUUAUUCUCAUAAAAUUAUAUAUUAUUUAAUUGUUAUUUUUAUAUUAUCACAAUAAAAACUUGAAUUCCAUUUUUAAUUUUGGAAACGACUUUGGACGUUAAAUAAUAUGUAACAAUUAUUUAGCUAUUGUCUCUCAAAAUGAUAAUAAUUGAUGUAAUUUGAUUUCUACUCACCCGUAUAUAAGACUAAGUAAAUUCUUAAUUAAAAAUUGUUACCUCCCUCUUGCACUCUUCCUGGUUUAAAUGUCAAAUUUAGUCCAAACAGCCUCUAUUUUAUGCCAUAAAAAUAUUUAUAAGUAAUCUUAUAUUUAGCAAAUAACUGCUUUGUAAAUAAUGUACUUAAACAUUGUCAAACCCAUAUCUAUGUAACUUAAAGAAUUAUUAUGAAAAGCUUAUAUUGUUGUUAUUGAAUAUUUGUUAAAUGUAAAUAUAUUUGUAAGAUCCCUUA